AAGCAAGAUGCCUAUACAAUUGUGCGACUCGGUCAUGAUGUGCAGCGCACGCCCACUGACAAACGCGCUGGCCAGGUACCGAGCUGGAAUCACGAGAUGCGCUUCAAAGUACCGAAUGAGCAAGAGAAUCUUCUCAAAAUAUCAGUCUUCAAUGAGGAUAGCAAGGCGCCAGACUUGAUUGGCGACUGUGCGAUUGACUUGACUGCCAUUUGGCGCGCUCAUGAGUAUGAUAGCUGGUUUGAUCUCAAGUACAAGGGCAAGCCUGCUGGAGAGAUCUAUGCAGAGCUGACCUUUUAC